ACCUUGCAAGGUUUCGGCAGCAGUAUAUAAACCCGCUCGUUAGACUUGCUCUUUACAACGAGAAAACAUCUCUGGUCAUCAUGAACACUUUGGGUUGCGCCAUCUUUGCCCUCUUCGCGGUGUCGGCGAUCGCCGCUCCCGUAGAGAACACCACUCCCAUCGGCAUUGUCGCGUACACCGCGGACGGUCCGAACCCGGACGGCUCGUACGCCUUCAGCUACGAAACCGGCAACGGCAUCAAAGCUGAAGAACACGGGCAACCGAAGAAGGUGAACGAGACGAAUUCGGUGAUCGCUGUUCAAGGAUCGUAUAGCUACACUCUUAGCGACGGAUCCCCGUUAGCCUUGAGUUACGUCGCCGACGAGAAUGGCUUCCAGCCAAAGGGCGACCAUCUGCCUACGCCUCAUCCGAUCCCAGCUGGAAUCCUCAAAGCUUUGGAAUACAUUGCCUCGCAUCCCGAACAGAGCACAGCGAAGUUGGCAAAUUAGAAUAGUUUUCAUCGAUUAAUCGUCGAAAGCAACGAAUAAUUUACCUUUCGAAUUAGUGUUUAGUCGAAUCGACGAACGAACAAGUGUUUUACUCAGUGAAACGUGAACAAUAUCGUGAUCAAACAUCGCCGCUGCAAAUUAUAAUUCUGAAAGUAUAAACUCUAAUUGAC